UUAAUUAAUGUUACUUGUUAACUGUUUCAUUACAAUCAGUUGAGAAAACUAUAUUUUAAUGACAAAGGCAACAGCAUCAGCCUUGAGUGUAUAGUUUUCAUUGCCAUUCCACUACCAGCAGAAACAUAUGCCUACAAGAAGGAAAUGAUCACACACAAAAGAGAAUUAUAGUGUUAGACUUUAAAAUGAUAAACUGAUAUACACACAAAGCACUGUGCAUAGUGUACUAUAGAUGUGUACUGUGGUGUUAAUCUGUAGUUAGAUCAGUUAAGUUAAUGUUUUCAGCUUGUUAGACUAAGGCUUGUUCAUGGUCCAUUGGGGUCACCCUUAAAAACACUAAGUACUCCAUUACUGUAUCUUUUAAGUGUGCAGAGUAGCUAAAUGUGUUUCGCUGGUGUUGUUUCAUGCGAUCCAUCCCAGUUUUACCAAGGACAAUGGUGAUUUGAAUUUUCAUUGUUUGUGAACAGAUUCUAGCACCUUUUUAAAGGAAUAAUGUUUUCUCCUGACUUCCUGCUAACUGUUAUGAUAUCUGUAAGCUCUGCUUGUUUCUAAUAAGAUGUACUCACUGAAGACUGUGUGGGUGGGCUUUGUUGCACAAGCAACUGCUUCGAGUGAAUCAGGUGGCAGAUAAAUGGAUUACUCACAUUGUGAGCAUGCAGUGCAAGGACUAAUAUGCCUGAUUUGCUUUGCUUUCUGUCUUCAUUUAACCUAGUGAAAUUACUAAUGUGACAGCUGUGGACUACCGUUACUAGACGAGCUGAACUAUAGCACUGCUGUUAUGUAUACUUCAUGCCUCUUUCACUACUUUGUCUCCACAUAUAGGAGGUUCACGCAGAGUCCCAGCCAGGUGUGCACUUUUUUAGCUCUUUGAUGUGCUGUGAGUAAUUGCUCCUGGUAAAUGGUUACAGAACUUAUUAGAGCUUCAUUAAAGUAUAAUAGCAGCUUUUUACAUCAUGGGAUACUUGGUUAUCCUGAGUCCACUCAGAUUACUAGAAACAUUAAAAAAUGCUUAUGGCAUGAUAAAACUGAGCAUCAGUUAUGAGAAUUCAUUCACAAGACUGAUAUCAGUUUCCAUUUUGCUCUGUAAGGAUAUUUCUGGUAUAAGUCUUUUUGUUGUGACAUACUGGAAUAAUGUGCCAUAUUGCUAAUAUAAUGAAAUCGUUAAAUGGUGAUAUAUGUAUAUAUUUGUUGUAACAUAGCUAGUCUUGGCUUAUGUUGUGUUUGCUUUCAUUUCACUGGUCUUAUAUUCUUCUUAGAUGUGACCCAUCAUGUCCCUUCACCACUACCAGAUAUGCUAUCACUCAUUCCACUGGCAGCAGCAGAAACCCAUCCUGUAUGUGAACUCGCUAGCCAUGAACCAAAGAAAGCUACAUUUGCGAUGAAGAUCAGUGUGGAACAUGAUAAGAAAACAGGCAAAAGUCAUGUGGUGUCAGCUGCAACAAUCAUCCCAGAAACCAUCCAAAAGAAUGGGAUAAAGGUGUAUGAUGAUGGACAUAAGUCUGUGUAUGCACUGCACCCAGGGAUAACUAAAAUCCAUAGUGAAACAGUUGGAGAGAUGACCCCUACAGAGGUAGAAGAGCUUCUCCAUCAGGUCGCUGAUAAGAAUGUACCUACUGAGGUGCAGUACCAUCUACCUGUCUAUUCUGUACCCUAUAUAGGGAUGAAUAGGCCAUCAACACCAAGGAAAUCAACUAAAUCACUAACAAAAAACUCAAAACCCAGCCCCUUACAGAGUGUAAACUCAUUCAAGAAUGGAUCUUUAAUCCUAAAUGAGAAAAAACACUGCAGCCAAGGCCUGCAGGAACAAAAAUCCCCGAACAAAACUCCUCUAUCAAUCUGUCAAGACUCGACUCCAAAAGUGCGAAGAGUUGGAGAAAGGGCCAAUCUGCACUCUCGAGAGCAGGCCAAGUGUGAGACCUUUCUAAUACCCCAGUCACACUUUAGCACCGAAUGUCCAAGAGCGUUCGCCAACAGCACGACAGAUACAAGCAGUCCAAACACAGCAGCUCUUGUUUCGGUUAAAUUCAGGCCUGAAGGAAUGCCUGUACCCAAAGAGCCAAUCUACAGAGCAUUAGAUAGAUCUAGUUCUUCACUCGUCCACCAUAAAUUUGAUCCUGAUCCCUUGCUAGGCAGCUCAGGUGACUCUAACAAAGAUUUACCUUCUUGUGCAGAAAAUGUCUCUCUGAACCCUGUCAGCACUCUGCCAGGGGAGCUGAAGUUAGAACCCAUAUCAAUGAUCUUCAUGGGCUACAAGAAUGCUGAGGAGGAGGAGGAAGACAUUCAAGCUGAGUUGGUGAUUAUUGACAACAGUUCUGAUAAUAAUGACAAUGAUGAGGAUGAAACUGAAAUCAACAGGGAAGAGUAUCUAUUAUACCACCCAAAGGGGUACAGAAGCAAAGUAUUUCAACCCAAGUUGGGCAUAGCUAAAGUCAUAGAGCUCAGAGACAUUAUUAAAGAUACCUAAAGAGACCGGGAGGAUUUAAGACUCCACAAGCCAACAUUCAUCCACAAGCAUGGAAAGCACAGUGCUUAUUUAAAGGGGGUGGAUGAAGCAAUCAAAAUGGAGAUGAAGCUCAAUCAAACAGGAAAAUGAGAAACUGAAUUGUUGGGAAAAGAAUUGGAAAUAGAAUUUGUUAGAUGAUUUUUCUUCCCCAUCAUUUCUUUGAUUCUUUCUUUGUCUUUUUUCUGGUAAUGUGUUCAUACAUGCAUUUUCUGCUGCCAAUCUAAUGUAGUGCUUCUCAGCCUGCCAAUCUUGAAUAAUAAGAAUUUGUGAUUCGUGCCUUAACUUCUCCUGAGUGACUGAAACACCUGAUAGACUUUUUGUUUAUUAGUAACUGUGCCACUGGAAUAUAAGUUUACAUUUUGUCAUUCAGUUAGCUUGUAGCUUUGUAACUGAGUUACAUUAAAUGGUACUCUGCUGUAAAUGAACCUGUGCUCUUACCUUUGAUCUAAGUUCAUUUUUUUGGUCAAGUGUGUCUGUUGACAGUUAUCUAUCAAAUUUCCUUGUCUCUAGUGCACUUUAGGAGGUGGAAUGGGGGAGUCUGGUAUUGGUGAAAUGCAGGACUUCUACCAGGACCCAAGGGACAUAAACAUGUCAAAACAUUAAAACCUUUGUUGUAAAAAUAUUAAAUAUAUCAUUUUAUUAUGAUGUCCGUGCUCAUAAGUUAGUCAGCUUGAACUUUGAUUAGAUGAACAUGAUUUCUAAUUUGACAUUUGAUUUCAAUCUUUUCUGAAUAUCAAGAAUAUCAGCUUCCUUUGGAACUGCACCUGCUCACUCCUUUGUUGUAAAUAGCCUUUGUGUUGGACUUUAUAUACCAUGUUUUCCGCACUAUAAGGUGCACUUAAAAUCCUUUAAUUUUCUCAAAAAUCGACAGUACACCUUAUAAUCCGGUUCGCCGUAUAUAUGAAUUCUGGUUGUGCUUACUGACC